AUGUUCAUCUUGAGUAGAAAUUUGGAAAAAAAUUGGAAUUUUAAGUUCGCCCCGAAACCAACUUCGAAUACGUUUCAAACCCUUUUGAAGAGUUUUUUUUCAAAAAAUUGAUUUUUAUUAUUGUUUUCUUUUUGUAAACCUCAAAAUAAGUUUCUGGAAUUCCAGCGCACGAGCCGAGGAUUUUUUCCCGAAGCGAAAAUGCAUCGAAGAGUCGCCGGAAGAGCCGCAGACGUGCCAAAUCCGACCGACGCUCGUUUCGGAGAGCGAUUCGCGUCAAAACGAGCCGAUUGUCACUUUUGACGAUACGGACAGUGAAGCUGGAGCUUUGAGAGAACGAGCCGAAUCGGUGGUUCCCAAAAAAAGUUCCGGAAAAAGGUUUUUUUGUUUUUUUCUAUCAAUGUUUUUUUGAAGAUUUUCUGUGAUUUUUUUAAUUUUUGUGAAAAAAAUGCAAUUUUCGCAGUCGUUUUUUUAAAAAAAUUAUAAUUUUCUUUUGGGAAAAAGUUUGGAAAAAUUUUAAGUAUAUAUAUAUUUUUGUUCAAAUAUUUUUUUGUUUGUUCUUUUUUUAAUAAUGUUUUUUUGAAGUUUUUUUCUGUUAUCUUUUUUUAGUUGACAAGAAAAAUAUGAAGAAAAAAAUCCAGAAGUUCAAGAGCAAGUUUUUUUGAUUGAUAUUAGAUUUUGAAACUUUCAUUUCGAUUUUUGAAUCUGUAAAAAAAUCAAGUUAUUGACAAAAAAGAAGGGGCAAAAAUGCGAUUUUCGAAGUCGUUUUUUUAAAAAUUUUAAAAAUUUUUUUAGUUUUUUUAAGAUUUUGACAAGUUCUCAGUAUAGUUUCGAGUCCGAAUUUGAUUAGGAUUUGUUCGGAAAUUCGUUGUAAAAAUACUCAAUCUAAAUUUCAUCCAUUUGUUCCCCUCUUUGAACGUCAAAAAAUAUUUUUUUUUUCUUCACUUUCCUAUUUUUCAGCCCCUCGUCAAGAACCAGAAGUGUUCGAACUGCGGGAAGAACGAGGAUUUUCCGAGCAGAGAAAAGUUUCGAAAGACGAUCUGAACGAGACUUUUGUCCGAAAAUGCAGGGAGACCGAAAUCGACACGGUCACGCCGUUGAGAUGUGAGCGGAAAUCAGCAUUUUGGGAUUUCAAAAUUAAUUCCUCUUGAUAGUGUUUAAAAAAAUUCCCUCUAUGCUCCUUUUAAAAAAAUCGAUAGAAAUUUGAAGUUUUUUUGAUUUUUUUAACGUUUCGAAAUUUUUUUGAUCUGCUCCUUCAAUAAUCCGCUGUACUCUUUUAAAAAAAUGAUUUCAUGCUCCUUUAAAAUUUCCCCUAUGCUCCUUUUAAAAAAAUUAAACAGAAAUUUUAAUUUUUUUGCGAUUUUUGUUUCUUAGCUUAGGAGUUUUUUUAACGUUCUAAAAAAAUGCGUUUGGACCUGCUUCUUUAAAAAUUUGUUUCAGGCUCCUUAAAAAUUUUCCUCUAUGCUCCUUUUAAAUUUUCCUCUAUGCUCCUUUUAAAUUUGCCCUUAUAAAAUCUACAAAAAAGAACGAUUUUUUGCGAUUUUCAUAGGGAAAAUGUGUCAGUUUCGACGUUUCAAAGUUCCAAAAAGCCUUUUUGAAUGUGCUCCUUUAAAAUUUCUUCAUGCUCCUUUAAUUUUCCUCUAUGUCCCUUCAAAUAUUUAACGGACAACAAUUUUUGGCAAUUUUAAUUAAUUUUUUUUUUUUAAGUUUUAAACGCUUCGAAAAACUCUAUUGGAUGUAGUUUUUCAGUUUUGAUUAUUUUCAAAAAGGAAAGUUUUUUUCGUAAUUUUCAAGUCUUUAAGUAGCUUGAAAUUUCGAAUUUUCCGUCUGAAUUUGAGAAAAAAAGCUUUAGAGAGUUUUCAAGUCAUUGAGAAGCCUUAAAAUGACCUUUUUCGACAAAAAAUUUUACAAAUUUUGCUCAAGUUUCGCAGCUUUUUCUUGAUUUCUCAGCCUUUGAAAAGCCCUUGAAAUGACUUUUUCUCGUCAAAAUUUGCAUUUUUCAGGUUUCCGCGACAAGGAGACCAACCGUCGAGUUUUCACGAAAACGGUCUUCGACGAGGACGAAAAUCCGCCGUCCAAACGUCAGGAGAACAGAAAUUUCACUGAUCAGAGACCUUUUGAGGUGAUUUUUGAUGGGAAAUUUUGCGAAAAAAAAAUUUUUCUUUGGGAAAAGUUGGAAAAAAUCAUUUCUGUACUUGGGUUCUAGAGAAUGAGCGGAAAAAUUUAAUUUUGAAAAAAAUCGAAAAAAAGUCAAUUUUUUUAGCUAUCACGUUUGUGUAGUUAAUAGAUUCUUUUUUUCCAAUUUUUUUGUAAAAAAUGAUUUUUUUGAACAGUUAAAAAAACUCUCAUUAAUAAAAAUAUUAUGAUUUUAACACUUUUUAAUGUUUUUUUACGAAACGGCAAUCUGAAGUUUUUUUGUCGAUUUUUUUCAUAAUAAUUAUCGACUUUUUCCAUGUAAAUUUUGAACCAGCCAAAAAAAGCCAAAAUUCAGAAUUUUUAAAAAAAUAAUAUUGAUUUUUAGCAAGAAAGAGAUCGAUCGCCUCAAUUUGCCAUUCCGAAAUUGCCCGAAAAAGUCACGUCCCCAUGGACUUUCCAAUCAGAGGGUUGGUUUUAUCGAAGAAAUAUCGAUUUAUUGAUUUUUUUAGGAUCACAGAGAGUUUGCAAGUUCGAGCAGUGGGAGGAGCGACGACUGGGAACGGCCUCAAGGUUUUUUUCAGUUUCUAUUUUUUUGAGCAGAGGGGAAUUUAGGGAAAAAAGACGAAAUUUGAGGAAUUUCAGGGUAAAAUUUGAGGAAAAUGGAAGAAUUUUAGCAUUUUUCAGCUUUAGUUGCAAUGAAAAUGAGGUUUUUAUGAACUUUUACAGAAUUUUUUUGUUUAAAUUUGUUGAUUUUUUUCACUUUUUUUCCAUUAAAAAAAUGACAGAAUUUUUGCUAUUUUUUUCAGCUUUAUUUUCAUUUAAAAAUUAGGAUUUUUCAGCUUUAGUUGCAUUAGAAAUGAUGAUUUUAUGGACUUUUCUAUGAUUUUUUUGUUUUUUUUUUUUUGUUUAAAAUUGUUGAUUUUUUCACAUUUUUAAUUGAAAAUUGACAGAAUUUUGGCAUUUUUCAGCUUUAAUUUCAUUAAAAAUAAUGAUUUUAUGGACUUUUAAAAAUGAUUUUUUUGGUCCAAAAAUAAGUGAUUUUUUCACUUUUUUCAUCAAAAUUUUUAAAAAAUCGGCAGUUUUCAGAAUUUUUUUGAGCUGCAUUUCCAUUGAAAAUGAGAAUAUUGUAACCUUUUUUUCCUGGUUUUUUUGUUCAUUUUUUUCAAAAUCUACGUUAUAAUUUAUAUCAUUUUUGACAUAAGUUACAGAAAAUAUGUACUUAUUUCAGCCAAAAUUACCUUGGAAGGAAAAAAAAAUUGGACAUUUUACGGAUUUUUAACGCUCCGAGCCAUUCCCAGUGCGACCAAAUUUUUCCCCAAGUUGAUUUGAUUUUUUUUCCAGCCCCAAGACCUCCUCCUCCAUCGAGAAUUUCCGAAAGUGA